AUGGCCACCACUACUGACGGCAGUAGAUUAAUAGUUAAAAAUCUCCCUUUGACUCUUGACAAUAAGACUUUGAGGAAGAUAUUUACGGAGAAUGCGUCAAAGUUGGGCCUCCAGAUUACAGAUUGUCAGCUCUUACAUAAAUAUCCAAAUUUACGCAGUAAACAUACAUCAACUAGUAAUAAAGGGGCUAAAGUGUUUGAAAAUGGUAAAGUUUCAAAAGGGGUGUGUUUUAUUGGAUUUAUAAAUCAAAAAUUUGCCAAGAAGUUUAAGGAAUAUUACAACGGCACUUAUGUACGUUCAUGUAAGAUUACUGUCGAUUUUGCCAGACCUCCAACUGAAUCUAUUGAAGUUGAUAAUUCCACUAAGGAUAAUAUAAAAGGAAAUAUGAAGGCUGGAGUAGCUUCAAUUCGUACCAGGAAGAUAUUCAAUGAAGAGGGAGAGGAUGAAGUUGUUCAGUCCGACAUAAUAGGCCCCAGUGGAUCUGUCACUUUGGAUGGUAACAAUGAUCUUAACAUACAAAAAUCAUUCAAUAGAGUUGUUUUAUUCAACCUGCCAUAUAAUGUAAGCGAAGAUGAAUUGAGGAAGUUGGUUAAAAAUUUUGGUCCAAUUACCCAAAUUCAUAUACCGGCGAGUAAAUUUACUGAAUCUGAUAAUAACAAGGUAAUGAAUUUGACUAGAGGAUUCGCCUAUAUAACCUUUUUGUUUGAUGUGGAUGCUGGCCGCUUUUUGCAAGAGAAGGAUAAGACUAUUUUUUGUGGCAGAUUAUUAAGUAUAUUACCCGCUAAAGUUAACAUCACAGGUGCUAUAGACGAUAUUAGCAAUGAUAGGAUAAGCAUUAAAAAGAGGGAUACUUGCAAAAGGGGGUACAAAGCCGAACUAAAGGAACGGUUGAUGGAAGAUGCUGAGAAUCAGGAUAUAUGGAAUACACUAUAUAUUGACAUAAACACGGCUAUUCAAGCUGUGUCAGAUGAGCUGGGAAUUAGUAGGGACCAAUUGCUUAGAACCUCAGAUAAGCAUUCAGUAGCUGUAACAGCUGCCUCGUCCGAGACUGCUGUUAUUGCUAAAUUGAAAAAUUGGUUAAAUGAAGAGGGGGUUGACAUUGAUUGUUUCCAGCGCUCGCAGCUCAAACAUUUUAAAUCGCAUAAUAAUUUAAAUGGUGAUGAUGAUAGCAGUAAAUUACGUUCAUGUGAUACAAUUAUUGUUAAAAACUUGUCUUUUAAGACGGAUGAAGAUGAACUAAGGGAUUUAUUCGCUAAAAAAGGGCAGUUGAUGCGUUUUUCAAUCUCUCCCUAUCGCAACAUGUGUAUUGUACAAUAUUUGAAUGCAGAAGAUGCAAAAAAGGCAUUUACUGGAUUGGCCUACAAAAAUUAUUUGGGGAUGCCAAUAUACUUGGAGUGGGCUCCAUGUCACUUAUAUAAGAAGCACGCCCCAACUAUAGAUAAUUUAAACACACAAACUAGCAACUAUGAAGAAGAAGAACCCAAUUGUUAUGAAGACGAUUCAAAUGACAUGGUCGACGGGUUACAUGCAUCUAUAUAUAUAAAAAAUUUGAAUUUCAUCACUAAUAAUGAAAAGCUACAUCAAUUGAUGUCCGGGUGCGACGGAUUAAUUACCUGCAAAGUAAUUACUCGAUACGACAGUGUUAAGGAUAAAACUUUGUCUAUGGGGUUUGGCUUCGCUGAAUUUGUUACACUAGAUGCAGCAAAAGCUGCAAUUAAAUUGUUGACUGGCAAAUUGCUAGAUGGCCAUUUACUCGAGUUCUCUUUGGCAGACAAGACUCAUAGUGUAAAAAAAAGCGUCAAACGUACGAGAGCUAGAGGCAAAAUCGGUACUUGUAAGGUUAGCAAUAAACUAUCAAUCAAAAAUCUCGCCUUCCAAGCCACAAAAUCAGAAGUGCGGAAACUAUUUUCUCUCUAUGGGAAUGUGCGCACAGUUCGUAUACCAAAAAGCAUGUCAAAUAGUAAUAGAGGGUUCGCUUUUGUUGAGUUUGAAAGCAAAUCAGACGCCGUCAAUGCCCUGGAAGCACUUCAACACACGCAUUUAUACGGCAGGCAUUUGAUAUUGGAUUUUGCCCAACCUACACAAUUUGAUCAGGAUUGCCAAGAAACGAAUUCAACCACAAAUAUUGUUGAUAAGGCCAAGCAUAAUAUGUAG